AGAAGGGAGCGACCCAGAGCCGAACCCAGCAGCUGCCAGGUGCCCUUGCCCGGCUGGGGAUCCCCCCGCUCCACCCCUCCGCCUGCCACCCUCUCCCUCUCCCUCUCCCCUCCACCUGCUGCCCUUCGCCUGCUUGUCUGGGUCUGUCACCUUCCCUCCGUACUUCUACCCUCCACCCGCCCCUGCCACCUUCCCUUUGCCCGCUGCCACCUUCCCUCCACCCGCCCCUGCCACCUUCCCUCCGUACUUCUACCCUCCACCCGCCCCUGCCACCUUCCCUUUGCCCGCUGCCACCUUCCCUCCACCCGCCCCUGCCACCUUCCCUCCGUACUUCUACCCUCCACCCGCCCCUGCCACCUUCCCUCCACCUUCCCCUGCCACCUUCCCUCCCUACUUCAACCCUCCACCCGCCUCUGACACCUUCCCUUUGCCCGCUGCCACCUUCCCUCCACCCGCCCCUGCCACCUUCCCUCCGUACUUCUACCCUCCACCCGCCCCUGCCACCUUCCCUUUGCCCGCAGUCACCUUCCCUCCACCCGCCCCUGCCACCUUCCCUCCGUACUUCUACCCUCCACCCGCCCCUGCCACCUUCCCUUUGCCCGCAGUCACCUUCCCUCCACCCGCCCCUGCCACCUUCCCUCCCUACUUCUACCCUCCACCCGCCCCUGCCACCUUCCCUCCACCCACCUCUGCCACCUUCCCUUUGCCCGCUGUCAUCUUCCCUCGAUCUUCCCCUGCCACCUUCCCUCCCUACUUCUACCCUCCACCCGCCCCUGCCACCUUCCCUCCACCUUCCCCUGCCACCUUCCCUCCGUACUUCUACCCCCCACCCGCCCCUGACACCUUCCCUCUGUCCUAACACCCCUUCAUCUGUCUCUCUUCCACGUUCCUUCUAUCUUGUUAUCACUCCGUCUCUCUCUCUUCUACACUCCCUCCAUUCUCUUCUCUCUCUGCCCAUCUCUUCCAAAUUCCCUCCUUUUCUCCAUCUCACCCGCUCCCUUUGUUCCACCGUCUCUGUCUGGGGCUGUCCCGUUCCCGCGGUCCCAGCACCUCUCUGCCAGGCUGACUCGCUCGCGUGCCGUCUCUCGCCAGUCACCCCCUUCUCUCUGCCGCCCGGCCUUUCGCAGUGACUCUCACCCCCUCCUUCCUUCCUUCCUUCCUUCCUUCCUUCCCCACCCCCCUCGAUUUCCCCCCUUUCUGCUCCGUGCCCCUGCCAGCCCGCCUAGGGGUUGUGCCCCCCGGUGUCACACUGGCUGCGUGCUGGUUGCUGAAGCGCCAGCGAUGGGGGCCAGCCGGGGGGUCCCUCGCCCCCUGCCUGCCCGUGCCCCCCUACGUCCAUGAGAUGGGAGUCAAGCAGAACCCCCCCGAAGCCGCAGUCCUGCCCGUGCCGGGGGUGCCGGGCGAGAACCUGCGGCGGCUGCAGCUGCGGAAGGGGCUGCUGAAGGCCGAGGGGCAGCUGGCGGGCUGGGGCCUGGCCCUGGCACUCGGGGGGAUCCUGCUGAUGGUGCUGCACACGGAGCUGGCCUGGUUCGGGGGCUGCAAGUGGUUUGCGUAUCUGUUCCUGGUGAAAUGCCUCCUCUCGCUCUCCACCGCCACCCUGCUGGCCGUCAUCCUCGCCUUCCACGUCAAGGAGAUCCAGCUCUUCAUGCUGGACAACUCGCUCCAGGACUGGCGCAUCGCGGUGAGCGGCCCCAAACUGGGCCUGAUCCUGCUGGAGCUGCUGGUCUGCGCCCUGCACCCCUUCCCCACGGGGGGCUCCCCCUGCCUGGCCCCCGAGCUGGGCCCCCCGACGUCCUUCCUGCCGGGGGCCGAGACGCUGCUGUCGCUGCUGAUGUUCCUGCGGCUGUACCUGGUCCCGCGGGCCGCGCUGCUGCAGAGCCACGUCCUGGGAGACGCCUCGUACCGCACCAUCGGCUCCCUCAACCAGAUCCGCUUCCGGUACCCCUUCGUCCUGCGCCUGCUGGUCAACGGCCAGCCCGGCCGCGUGCUGCUGGUGCUCACCCUGGGGCUCUGGCUCACCGCCUCCUGGGUGCUGUCCGUCUGCGAGAGGGAGAACGGAGCAGGGCACCUGGAGGGGACGUUCUGGCUAAUCCCCAUCACCUUCCUCACCAUCGGCUACGGGGACGUGGUGCCAGUGACGGUGUGCGGCCGGCUGGUCUGUCUGUGGACCGGCAUCAUGGGCGUUGGCUGCACGGCGCUGCUGGUGGCAGUGGCAGCCGACAAACUGGAGUUCAACCGGGCGGAGAAACAUGUUCACAACUUCAUGAUGGACAUACAGUGCACCAAAGAGAUGAGGAACUCGGCAGCGAACGUCCUACAGGCGGCUUGGCUCUUCCACAGACACAGCAAGGCCAAGGCCAGGGCCGGGCGCCGAGUCCGGACGCAUCACAGGCGCUUGCUGGCGGCCAUCCACAGGUUCCGGGAGGUCCGGAUUCGGCACCGGAAGCUCCGAGAUCAGGUUAACGCCCUGGUGGACAUGUCGAAGGUGCAGACGAUUCUCUGUGACCUCAGCAUUGGGCUCAGCACCUCCCAGCGGGGCCUGGAGAAGCGAAUCGACGCCCUGGACCAGAAGCUGGAGGCGCUGACGCGGCUGGUGACGGCCGCCCUGGAGGCCAAACAACCGCAGGAGCCGUGGCUGCUACAGCCCCAGGACAGCCAGACAGGCCGGUGAGGAGGGGUUGACCCGGCGUUGGAGCCCAGACCCUGGUCCAGGGGGCACCUGCCCCAUAGGGGCCUGCAGGAACUCAGCCCCCUGUCCCCUGACUGAAGGAGACACCACUUGAGGGGGGUGGGAAUGGGUGGACAACAUCGCCACCUGUUGGCCACAGACCGGAACCACAGGUUGCCUGUGCUCCCCCCAGCUCCGAAGUGCAAGGGGGACACACACACGAAGGGUCACACACGGCGCGCGCCUGCCUUGAGGGAAUCCCCACUGUGGAACAAUGCAUGCAGUGGGCCCACGCUUUGUGGCAGGACACCCCCAGCUGUGCGUGCGAAGACCCAAGCUGCAAAAGAUGGAAGGCACGUGCUUCACACCAGUAGAUUUGUGAUCUUGAACAGGGGUGCGAGGGACCCAGGAUGUGAGCCAGGGAAGGCACACGCUUUGCACGAGGGGAGCUCUGAGUGCGAGCAGCCCUGCGUGGGACUGAGGGUCUGAGAGACAGAUAGCGCAUGCUCUGCACAAGAGGUACUGUGACUGGCAGCAGGCGUGUGAGGGAUCCAGGAUGUGAGUGAGGGAAGACACAGGCUUUGCACAAGGGGCUCUGGGAUUGUGAAGGCUCCAGGGUGUGAGACACGGCAGGCCCACGCUGUGCACAAGAGCGAGCGGUGAAUGUGAGCCGUUGUGAAAAGAACCAGGCUGUGAAACAUGACCAGCCUGUGCUUUGCACCAGGGGCACCGUGACUGUGAACAGGCAUGUGAGGGAUGCCGGCUGUGAAACACGGCAGAUGCAUGCUUUGCACCAGGGGCUCUGGCAUGCGAGGGACCCAGUGUACGAGACUUGGAAAGCACCUGCUUUGCACAAGGGGCUUUGGGAUCAUGAGCAGACGUGCAAGCCCGUAGAAACGUGAAAUACAGAGCACAUGGGUGUCAUGACAGGUGGUGGCUCAGUGUGCAAGGGGGCUAAGUGUGAAAGAGAGCGGUUCCCCUCUUCAGACAAGGUUGUGCACGCUCGCACCAAGUGCCCAGGAGGCAGACCAUGGAGGGCACGACCCUCACCCGGGGCAAAUGGCCGUGCGUACAGCACCAGGCGCGCCCAAGGCCGGUUCUUGUCGCUGCCCAGCCUGGAGCAUCACGAAAUAGCCAGGGCAGGAACGGCCCCUUGAGCUUGGGGUUUAAUGCAGGGGACGCCGGUGCCUUGCACAUUUCAGCCAAGAGGCAAACCCGAGGCCUCAGCCCCUUGUGGGCACUAGGGCCCUCCUGGUUUCCCCUCCCGCCCCAGACUCAGGGCGUGGACCCAGGCAUCCUGGACAAAGCCCCGCUCCCGUGAUUCCCUUCUGCUUCCCUAAACUCCCCGCUGCAGUUUCAGUUCUCCCUCACGUGCUGUCCUAACCCCCCGGAGGUGGCUGCAUCUCAGUACCAAGGGGUCCUUGUAUAAAAGCCCCUGUGCCCCACCCCAGAGGUGGCUGCAUCUCAGCACCAGGCAAGAGGACCUGUCUAGCCAUUUGGGCUUAGAGUCGGGAACAUCUCAGGCAAAAAUGGGAAUCGGAAGUGUGUGUGUGUGGGGGGGGGAACUGGAAUCCCCUCAAUUAACAUGACAUGACAGCCCCAGCGGGGUUAGAUGGAGGGUGUGAAUUACCCUGCAGAGGUGAUGGUGGGCGUUUUGUGGCCAUCAGCUCUUCGGGGCAGGGACCAGCUUUGGGUUGGGGUUUGUCCAGUGGCUGGUGUCCGGGUUGGGGGAGACUGAGGGACCCCCAUAGUCCCCCGAAUGCCCAGCUGUGCUGUUGUACAGCACCUGGCGCUGGGGCCCUGGGGUGCUGGAUGCCCAGCCGUGAUGCCAUACAGCGCCUGGCGCGCUGGCUCCCGUCGGUCUGAUGGUUACAGACACAGCUGCUGCAUUGGAAAUAAAAGAGCCGUUUGCCCACGUGCCCGCCUCGGCCUCUCUUCUUUACUUCUGAGUUCGGCUGCCCUGGGUCCAAAAAUCUCCCUCCCAUUCAGCUGCCCCCUUCCCCACACCAGCCCCCGUCACCCAAAUGAACCCUGUAGAUAAAUCUCUGUAUUAAGCAUCUUCACAUAACUUUCAUAUGACUUUGUAUUAUGCCUCUUCAUAUAACCUUGUAUUAAGCUAUUUUCAUACAA